CUCUCUCUCUCCUGUGCUGGAAACGCCAAAACAGCACGGUUAAGAGGAGGUGGGGAGAGGGUAGGGGGUGAUGUCCAUGGGGUCCCUUCAUAUGAUGAAGAAUACUGUAGCCUAAGUGAAUCCUUGGAUGGAGGGGUCAGAACCCGUUGGAGGAAGAGGGAGCUGGAAAGAGAAAGCAGAAGCCAAAUGGCCUAGAGUUUUCCAGUCUUUUUGGAUUAUUUGAGGGAAAAUGGUCUUAGCUAGGCUUUGUACCUCCUCCAGCAUCUAGCAAUAGUCUUCUCCAAAUACAUCCAUUUUCUCAGGCAGUUAGAGAAUGAAGGCUAGAUUACUGGGAACUUUCUAACUAAUAGUAGUUAAGGGGGAGAGGGGGAAGUGUUCUUCCAAGGGAUGCCCUUCUCUUUCUAGUGAGGAAGAGACAGAUGAGAAACUGAGGCAGAGGGGCCAGUGGCUGGGUUGAUCAGACCCAACAGACUCAGUAAAACCUUAAAAACUUUUGGGGUGAGGGAGGAGACUGAGUCUGCUGUUCUAGGGAUGGCAGUCUGAGGGGUUGAUGGAGGGUGCAUCUGGGGGUCUAUGUGACUGGGCCUCUCUCCCAGGCCCCCACCAAUUGUACCCCUCAUCCUGAUCCCACCAUGGCGAGUGGGCGACCAGACCUGAAGAGGAGUUUCUCCAUAAUACCCUGCUUCAUCUUUGUGGAGUCAGUACUCCUGGGUGCUGUGGUACUUCUUGCCUACCGCCUGGAAUACACAGACACAUUCCCAGUGCACAUGCAGGGUUUCUUCUGCUAUGACAGCACUUAUGCCAAGCCCUACCCAGGGCCUGAAGCCACCAGCCGUGUCCCACCAGCUCUGAUCUACCCCCUGGUCACUGCAGGGCCUGCCAUCACGAUCCUCCUUGGAGAGCUUGCCCGGGCCUUCUUCCCAGCUCCCACCUCAACUGUGCCCGCCCUGAGGGAGAAGACCAUUGUGUGUGGGGACUGCUGCCGCUUCAGCCCAGCCCUCAGAAGGCUGGUCCGCUUCCUGGGCGUGUAUUCCUUCGGCCUCUUCACCACAUCCAUCUUUGCCAAUGCUGGCCAAGUAGUGACGGGGAAUCCUACGCCACACUUCCUGUCUGUCUGCCACCCCAAUUAUACGGCUCUGGGCUGCCCACCGCCCGCUACAGACAAGCCUGGACUGGACCGGUAUGUCACCGACCAAGGGGCCUGUGCAGCCGGCAACCCUGCCUUGGUUGCAGCUGCCCGACGUGCCUUCCCCUGCAAGGAUGCAGCCCUGUGUGCAUUUGCAGUCACCUAUACGGCGAUGUAUGUCACACUGGUAUUCAGGGUAAAGGGCUCCAGGCUGGUGAAGCCUUCACUCUGCCUUGCCCUGCUCUGCCCAGCUUUUCUGGUGGGUGUGGUCCGUGUGGCUGAGUAUCGGAACCACUGGUCAGAUGUGCUGGCUGGAUUCCUGACUGGGGCAGCUAUCGCCACCUUCCUGGUUACCUGUGUUGUCAACAAGUUCCAGAGCCGAAUGCCUCUAUGCCAGAGAGCAUUCAGAUGGGAGGGUCUGGGCCCAGUGCCUGCCAUUGAGAACCCCCUUGAAAAGUUAAAUUCAGCCCAGGAGCCCAAGACCACUGCACCCCCGCUGCAGCCUGCCCGCCUCACCCCACCCAAGCUGCAGAGCUGUGCCCGUCGGGGCCACCUGAUCCCCAGCUGUGUGUCUUCCCGGGCCCCCCCGAUGUGUUCUUCCCCUCGUGUUCCCCGCGCUCGAGUGAGGUCUGAGCCAACAUUGCCUGCCAUGACCCCUGGCCCCAGCCAGGGCCCCCCACCAUCCCCUGGACCAUCUGUGGCUGGUGGGGGUGGAGGUGGGGGUGGCCGGGGCCGGAAGUUGCUGCUGCCCACUCCUCUGCUGCGGGACCUAUACACCCUCAGUGGACUCUACCCCUCCCCCUUCCAUCGGGACAGCUUCAGCCCCUACCUGUUUGCCAGCCGGGACCACCUGCUGUGAACUCAGGUUCCUAGAUCCUGAGAGCCUCUGGCCCCACAUACCCCCUGGAGUCAGGUGUUCUCAGGCUGUGUGUAUGUGUCUCCUGUGUGCCUGUGUGUGAGUGUGAGAGUGUGUGUGUGUGUGUGUGUGCGCGCGCGCGCGCUUGCGUGUGCCUGCCUGUGUGUGUGGCCUCACCAGCCAAUCCCACAUGGGUAUGGGGAUGGAUGGAGAAUUUAAAGAAAGUCUAGGCCUGGAUGGCUUUGUCUCUUACCCCCCUUUCUAGCUGGCUGGGCCCCAGGACGGUCUUCACUGCCUGAUGUGGGCGAAUUUGGGAUUGGGAAAGCUGAGGGGCAAGACCAUCCAUUGUCCCAAGGUUUGGAGUGGGGACAGAAGCUCCUCCUUUUUAGCCAAAAGCUAAUAGAAAUAACCUUUGACUUCUUACUAUACAUUGAGGGUCUCCAUGUCUCAAAAUUCUAAGAGUGGUUGGGGUUGGUAUGAUUCCAGGCAAUGAGAAAGUCCAUGUUUCUAAAUCUUGGGAGUAGGGGAGGGGACACAUGGAGGGACGUCUGACAGCAGCCAAUGAGAAUGCUUGGUAUCUAAGGACUACAGGGAAUCUUGGUGCUUGCCAGGGUUGGGCCCUAGGUGUCUCAGAAUGCCAAUAAUGGGUAAUGAUUCCUAAGGAUGGACCCUAGGUAUCUGAAAAUUCUUGGGGGAGGGAAGCUUCAACCCCUUCUGAUUAUUCUGAGAUUACCCCUCUUCAGACAGCAGGAUGGAGAAAGGAGGCAGUGAGUCUGACCUAGUGGGGAGGCAUUGGAUUGUGAGGGUCCUACUACCGAAGCCACGUCUUUCAUUUUCUUCCCAUUGCAAUGUCCUUUGCUGGGGCAGUUCCCACCCAACCCUGAGAGCCUCCCCUAUCCUCCCAGCCAAGCUGGGUUCCUCCCCUUAUUCUCUCCAUCAUCCCCCAAUUCCAACCAUUAUCUUAAUGACCCUAAACUCUGAGUUCCCCUUCAGCCACCAGUGCUGGGAAGGAGGGAUUCUCUUCUACUCUAUUCUCUGAGACUAAAGUGGGGGAAAAGGAGUUGAGCAGUCUUUGAGGAUAGGGUGUUGUCUUCUCCCAAGUGCCCUAUCCCUCAUUUCCUUGGUCCUAGAUUUGGUGGGGGGGUGGGGGUGGGGGAGGGGAUUCGAUAUUUGGACCUAAGGUCAGAGUCCAGUGGUGGAGAAUGGAGAGGAGAUAGGGGCUUCCUUGUGACCUACACACUUGGGAGAUUAGCUUUCAUGUCCUGCUUCCUCAUCCCACCGCAAGAAACAAAAAUAAAAAAAUAACCUUUUCCCUUCCUGAACUGGCUGUGCCAGUUCCAGGGCACAAUGCCCCCAACAGCCCUGCCCCUGCCCCAAGGGAAGCUAAAAGGGUCAAUAGAGAGAGAGAGAGACCUCUCCUCCACUCCCAGUUUCACAGCCUUUAAUAAAGAUCUGUUUGUAUCAGAAA